GUCAAAACACGUUUAGGGUGGAUCGUGUAUGGAAGUUGUUCAUCAGUUAACCACUCUGAAAGUUACGUCAACUACCAUGCGGUACAAGUGUGUGAGUGUAAUGACGCUUCCGAUGAAAAUCUCCACACAGCAAUGAAGAACUAUUUCGCGCUUGACAGCAUGGGAAUCUCCAACCCUGGAAAGACAUUACUCUCCGUAGAUGACCAGCGUGCAAUGGAGAUCUUGGAAGCAGUAACACAUCGUAAGGACGGCCAUUAUGAAUCUGGUCUUCUCUGGAAGUACGACGCUGUGCGACUUCCUGACAGUAAGGCGAUGGCCUUGAGAAGAUGGGAGUGCCUGGAGCGUCGGAUGAAGAAAGAGGAAGGAUUGGCAGAGGCUCUACGUUCAAAAAUGCUCGAUUAUAUCCAGAAAGGAUACGUCCGCAAAUUGACAGAGGAGGAGCUCAAAACUCGUCAGCCUCGUGAGUGGUACUUGCCAGUGUUUCCAGUUUACAAUCCAAACAAACCAGGAAAACUGCGAUUGGUAUGGGAUGCAGCAGCAACAGUUCAAGGAAUUUCUUUAAACUCGGUUCUAUUGAAGGGACCAGACCAGCUGACAUCCCUGCUUACUGUUUUGAUUCAGUUCCGGGAGUUCCGAGUCGCGGUAUGUGGAGACAUUCGGGACAUGUUUCACCAGGUCCUAAUGAGGAAGGAAGAUCAACAUUGCCUGAGAUUCUACUGGGAAGGAGACACUCCAGGUAGCGCGCCGAAUGUGUAUGCCAUGACGGUGAUGACGUUUGGCGCGUGCUGCUCGCCCACGACAGCUCAAUACGUCAAGAACAUCAAUGCGGAGCGAUUCGAAGUCGAGUAUCCGCAAGCUGUCGAAGCCAUUGUUAAAAAGCAUUACGUCGACGAUAUGCUUGCCAGCGUCGAAAGUGAAGCGGAAGCGGUAAAGUUAGCACAUGAUGUGAAGCACAUUCACACUGCAGGAGGGUUUGAAAUGCGCAACUGGUUGUCCAAUUCGUCAAUCGUCCGAGCUUCCCUACAAGAAGAAACAACUACAGAGAAGUACCUCGGGGCCGAGGAAGAAAACAUUACCGAAAAGGUAUUAGGUCUGUGGUGGAACACAACAACCGAUUGUUUCACGUUUAAGGUAUCUCAACGAUACGAUCAGGACCUGCUAGCCGGAUGCCGCCGACCCACCAAACGUGAGGUGCUUCGAACGCUAAUGAUGAUGUUCGAUCCGCUGGGUUUCAUCUCGCAUUUUCUGAUGUACUUAAAAGUACUGAUGCAGGAGAUCUGGAGGUCGUCGAUUGACUGGGAUACCCCUAUUGAAGAACCACAGUUCCAGAAGUGGUUGAUUUGGCUCAAAGUUCUACCAGAAGUAGCCAAUGUCCAGCUUCCACGAUGUUAUAGACUAUCAGUGUCAACGGAUAGCAGUUGCAACAUUCAGAUGCACACGUUCGUUGAUGCGAGUGAGAGCGGAUUCGCAGCAGUUGUGUAUCUGAGGUUCGAAGAAGACGACGUUGUUGAGACUGCACUCGUCAGUGCAAAAACUAGAGUUGCUCCAUUGAAAUUUCUCUCCAUUCCUCGCUCAGAACUACAAGCUAGCAUUCUCGGUGUUCGGCUAGCUAACAGCGUUGCCCAAUCAUUAUCCAUUAUUGUGAGCAAGCGCUUCUUCUGGACUGACUCCAGAGAUGUCCUUUGCUGGUUGAACUCCGACCAUCGAAGAUACAGUCAGUUUGUGGCAUUCCGAGUAAGCGAGAUCCUGGAGACGACAGAUGUAAGGGAAUGGCGUUGGGUUCCAACGAAGCUGAACGUGGCCGACGAAGGAACUAAGUGGACGCGUCAACCUGAUCUCAGCGCUUCUAGCCGUUGGUUUAAAGGACCAGAAUUCCUACAUGAACCACAAGAAGAGUGGCCAAGUACCUCCCGGUAUGGAGCAACGAACACGGAGCUCCGAGCACAUCUGAUGACGCACGUUUCUACGGUGGAAUCCAUCAUUAAUCCUCAAAACUUCUCGAAGUGGAGCACGAUACUACGUACAACAGCGUUCGUGUUCCGGUAUAUAAACAACUCUAGGCCGAAGACAAAACAACGAACUGGAGGGCCGUUGACGCAGCAGGAGUUGAAAAGAGCAGAGAACUUUCUGCAUCGUCUUGCCCAGAGCGACGAGUACGCAGAUGAAAUGGCUAUCCUAUUUGGAAAUCGCUUGAACGGAACGGAUAAGCAAGCUAUACCCAAAAGUCGCUCUAUUGCUUAUUUCUGCCCUUUUCUCGAUGAAACCGACGUAUUAAGGGUUCGCGGCCGAACCGGUGCCUGCCCGAUGAUCAACUACGAUGCAGUUAACCCCAUCAUACUCCCUCGUAACCAUCGUGUCACACAUUUGAUCCUUCUCCAAUAUCACCGCAAAUAUCACCACCAAAACCACAACACUGUUCUCAACGAGAUUCGCCAACGAUACAGGAUCCCACGUCUGAAAUCCACGUACAACGCAAUACGCAGGCAAUGUCAGGAAUGCAUGAAUGCUAGCGCAAUGCCACAGCCCCCAAUCAUGAGUGACCUGCCACCGUCCCGUCUGGCCGCCUUUUCUCGUCCGUUCACGCACAUGGGGGUGGAUUACUUUGGCCCCAUAUUAGUCACUGCUAACCGAAAAACUGAAAAACGCUGGGAUCUAAUAGCUACCUGCCUAACCAUCCGCGCCAUCCACUUGCAAGUUGCACACACUCUCAGUACCGAUUCCUGCAUCAUGGCCCUGCGAAACGUCUUUGGUAGGAGGGGUACGCCGGCAGUUAUCUAUAGCGACCAAGGUACCAAUUUCCGUGGUGCUAGCAAGGAGUUGAAGGCCGUUGUGAAAAGUCUUGACCAGGAGCGACUAAAAGCUGAGUUUACUACUCCGCACACCACUUGGAUCUUCAACCCACCAGCCUCUCCGCACAUGGGCGGAGCAUGGGAGCGUCUUAUCCGCACAGUCAAGCAAAACCUCAAUAAGCUGCUUCCAAACCGUACACUGCCUAUGAUCGCAUAACUGUCCCAUAUGAAUAGGAAACCCAGCGAAUAUGGGACUGAUAUGCGAUCAUGGGCAGUACAUUGUCCUACGAAGUUCUUGAGAAUCUUCUCAUUGAAGUGGAAAACGUGGUAAACUCCCGACCACUCACCAGUAUCCCGGUUGAAGAUGAUGAAUCCCCGGUGCUCACCCCAAACCAUUUUCUACUUGGAUCGUCUAACGGUUCGAAGUCAUGGGUACCGUUUAACGACAGCCCCGCUGUGCUCAAGAACUGCUGGCAGCUCUCUCAGAUCCUGGCCAAUCAGUUCUGGACCCAAUGGUUGCGGGAUAACCUGCCGUCGAUCACUCGUCGAACCAAAUGGCUUAACCCAACAAAGCCCAUUGAAGUCGGCGACAUAGUUGUCAUUGUGGACCCAAGCUUUCCGCGCAACUGCUGGCCGAAAGGACGUGUAAUAUCUACAAAACCCGGAGCCGAUGGCCAAGUAAGGUGGGCCACCAUCCAAACUACGAGCGGCAUCUAUGAGCGUCCAGCCGUGAAGCUCGCCGUCCUAGACGUAGGCGUCUGUAAGGAUACACCCCUGAAUAACCACCGGUGUAUCCCGGGGGGGAGUGUUGAUUCCGCCACGUCCAGAGAUCCGACGAGCCCCAACGUCCCCAUUUCUAAACAAACGUGUUCACACCCAAUCCGCACAGAGAGGAUCGUCGAUAAUGCGGACGGUCGUGCAUCCGAGAUGAGAAGAAUGGACAGAUAAAUUGAACACAAACAAAACAGCCAUUGGUGAAGAUACAGUGCCGAUAUUCAUUGCUAGGAAAAAUGAAAUUAAUCUAAAGCUGAUUCUUAUCGCUACUUCAAAUGCUAGUUCUCUAAACCCUAAUUCUUAAAUAAUCUAAAACUAGUGAAAUCUUAUUACCUAGUGUUCAUUCACUCCAUUCUUACUGAAACAGUAUUUUUUUUACCUAAACCUACAAGGUGAGAACAUGCGCUUAGUUAGCUUAAACAGAACAUGCAAUUACUUAAACUAUACAAACAUUCACAACAAAUAGGUGCGUGUAGUUACAUUUCCCGAGAGUCUUGGAAUCUAUCUACCCAUCAUCCUCAAGCAAACUGUGGUGAGAUUGUCUUAAUUUAUACGCUAUAUGCUAUUGAACCUUAUACUAUUUCUAUUAAUUAGGCACUAAUUGUCAGUGUAUCUCAGCUCCUAAAUAAUCACGGUGGCAAUAGCGAAUCACCAAAAGUGAGUUAGGUAACUAAGACAACCAAACGUAAUUAUUAAUGCAAAUCGUAAACUUGCAGGAAUUUUGUAACCGUUCCUACCGUGUAAAUUGGAAUAAAGAGUUCACGAAAUCUACAUUCGCUUACCGCCCAACACUGAUAAAACCAUGAUAAAACCCUAUAAAGCUCGAAAGGGCCCACCCUACAGGAGGUCGUUAAAACCAUUCCUUAAAACGUUUUACAUGCUACUUGGCUUUAUGACACAUUCCUGUAGUUAAGAUCUGUUGUGUAGGUAGCAAAAAGAGUAACAAGCCGUAUCAAAGUUGGUAAACCAUCUUGAAUGAACGAUUAGAACCUAAAAAUGAAUCCGAAACAUAAAUAAUAAAAUGGAUUGGAGUAAAUUACAAAUUAAUAUGACAAAAUACGAACAAAAUUAUGUCAGCCAGCCAUGUCAAAAAUAUUUAGUAGCAAAUUUGGACGGAGAAAACUCUGUUUCCGUAACAGAAAAGCGCAUGCCAUUAAUACUGAAUGUAUGAAGCGCCUCGUCAGUCCGCGGUUUUGUUAUAUCAAAUAUAAAUAUUUCAAUCCCGCCCUCAACAUUAUGCAUGCAAAUAUCAACAUGGCGUAUACAAUUUGCAAGCAGGAAUAGAACAUCAUGACGAAAAAUAUGGAUGCUGUCAAGUUAAACCCUCUUGGUUUUAACUUGGUUUUAACCCUCUUGGUCAUACUCUAGAGUUGCUGUUCUUGAGGAAUACGAAACAAAGCCCAGCAUACGCUCUCUUCUACUUAGCACAUAUAAAUUGCGUUACCUAAACACUAUUUGGUUCUGAGGAAGGCGUCUACAGACUGAUUGUUCUUAAGAACUUUCCGGCUGGCCGAUAGCCGUCAAUAAUGUAAACAAACAGAAAGUUUUUUUUUGCAAGUUUCUCUGAGGUGUUUCGUGCUUUUUUGAAACUGCUGUUUUCUCUGCUCGAGUAUAAGGUAGGUAUAUAACGUGAUAAAGCACAAUAAAGAUAAAUAAGGUGUUUAAUUCAAAUAGUGAAGAGAGAAAUCAUACGUUUUCGUUCGUCUUUCGACUUAAAUCUUUUUUCCUAGGUAAGAUCGCAUAGCAGCUACAUUCCUGAUCUUGUUUUAAUGCUUACACUAGAAAUUCCUACAAGGUUUAAGAUUGCUUUAUUAUGACUUUAUGCAGUCUAUUACGUUAUAAGGCCGAAGCGAUACACCAUACAAGCGGCUUUAAAACAAGUUUUAGGGUUAAGUCUUAAUAUGUUCUUAACAGCCCGCUUAGAAUAAAAGUUUUGCUCGGCAAAAGGUCAAGCAAACUAGUUUUAUUGAAUAGACUUGUAGGUGUCUAUAAAGUGUUUUAAAGUUGCAAGUGUUAUUAAAAUUGUUUCACAAUAUAAAAUGCUUCAUUAAAGCUGAAAGGGUUUUGCAAAUCAAUGACAAAACCUCCAUAAAUAAUGUCUAAGAGUAGAAAGCAUAGAAAUUGUUACUUGGGCAUGCUUCGUUAAUAGAUUCAAGACUAGAUUUUGAAUCUAAAAUGAUCGAUAUAUCGAGAAUAAGUGAUAUAGAGCAGAUUGUUUGCAGGCUUGGACAAAAGACUAAAAUAUCCACAAUGUUCAUUAUUUUGCUCAAAAAAUGUUAUAUCAAUUUAGUUUUAAUGAAACAAAAAAACCUAGCUACUGCCCAAAGACGAUCCAAAAACGUUGGGCUCAUUCAUACUAAAUUUAAAUAGAAGUGAGACUCUACAAAGUAUUUUAAUUGGACAUUUACUUUUCGACGAUUUGUCGCUAAAAUUAUGUGUCCUUAAUUAUAUGCGCUAAAGUGCGCGUUCUAUUCAUGACAGAAGCUGCUUUGUUCAAAAAAUCGGAGAAAAUGCCACGAAAACUCAGUUCACUAUGCCACCUUGACCUGCCCUACUGAAUAAUGUUUUGUGGCGUUCGCUGACAUUAGCAGUAAUUUAAAUUAUGCUUUCUCACCAGGUCACAUUAGACGCGUUUUAUCGUGGUUCACUUCCCGUUACCUUCGCAACUCGAUAAACUUGACUAGUCAUUCACACCUUUUGGCUCUUCCGGUGGUCAGAACUUCCAUUUACCAUGCAAGGGAGCAUUCCCGUUUAAUCAUACAUGUAUGUAUGGUGGAUGAACCGUUCAUUCGUUUUAUCUUAGCUUUCAACCCAACACCUUUCGAUUUAACCUUUUCCUCCACUAUGAUUGCGUUUUCAUUUUUCACCAAAAAAAGACAGACUGACAUCCGACAGGUCAUUUCCUUUCGUUAGCUGUAAUUCCGUGACUUUUUUUUAGCAAUAUACUGCCCCCACUCGCAAAACUGUCCCAUAUGAAUAGGAAUCCCAGCAAAGAUGGGACUGUUAUGCGAGUGGGGGCAGUAUACACGGGCGGUGAACCAGUGCAUGGGCGUGUGAAAUGUGGAUAGAGUACGCCAAAGUUCAAGUCUAUCAUAUGCUUUCAAUGUUGUUCAAUUGUUGAACAAGUUCGCUUUAAUUUCCAUCAAACUUCACUGGAUCUUAGAAACAAUUAGGUAAAUGUGACAUUGUUAUUUGUUUGAAUUUGCUCAGCACACUUUAUUCAGAAUGUAUUAAUUUGGCUAAACUCUACUGAAGUUUGUACAACGGUUGUUGAACGGUUUUUAUUUAUUUUCAGAUAAUACCAAGAAUCAGCAUAUUUAACACGCUCUGUUAUGAUUCCACCUAGCACUUCAUUGGAUUGAAAAUCCGAGAAUUGCAUAGCCGUACUCAAGAAACAAUACUGAUUGUGAAAUAAUUGUAGAACCACAUUUGUGGUUACUAAUUCUUAACAUUAUUUUUUACU